AUGCCCAUAUUGCGACGGGCGGAUGCGGAAAGCAGCGAGGGUUACCCCGGUAUUCCCCGGGCCACUCUCGUGGGUGCGGAACACGGGGCACAAUCGCUGUGGGUCGGCCAUUUGGAGAUCAGCCCUGGCGCCGCGGUCAGCACGCACAUACACCCGGAUACCGAGGAAGCCAUGGUCAUCGUGGAGGGUGAGCUGGAGGCCAUCCUGGGCGACGAGGUGGUAACCCUCGGCCCCGGCGACACGGUGCUGGCUCCCGCCGGAAUCAAGCACGGGUUCGUCAACCGCUCAAGCGGGAAGGCGGCUCUCCUGGCAGUAUUCCCCAAGACGGAGUUCGAGCGGGUACUCGUGGAAUAG